CUCCCCCUGGCCGCCGCUGCCACAUCCUCCGCUGACAUCAGCCCGCGCCGCCAUAUUGGAGCAGAAGCGCCGCCGCCAGCUCGGCCGCCGCAGGGGGGGACGCCGGCCCCUCGCUGCCUCCUCCUCCCCGCCGCGGCCGGCUCCGCUCCCCAUGCCUCCCCCCGGCCCGCCGGAGCCCCGGCGCGCGUAGGGCAGAGGCGGGAGCGGCCGCCGUCGCUUCUCUUUCUCCUCCGCCCUCCUCCCCGCGCCGCCGCCGCCGCCGCCGCCGCCGAGCCCCUCUGCCCCGCCGCCGCCAGCCAUGACUUCCCUGACCCAGCGCAGCUCCGGCCUGGUGCAGCGCCGCACCGAGGCCUCCCGCAGCGCCGCCGCCGACAAGGAGCGAGGCGCCGGGGGCGGCCCGGAGGACGAAGGCCGCCGAGACGAGCCAGGCGACGACGAGAAGGGCGACUCCAAGGAAACGCGGCUCACCCUCAUGGAGGAGGUGCUGCUCCUGGGCCUCAAGGACCGUGAGGGUUACACGUCCUUCUGGAAUGAUUGCAUCUCCUCAGGAUUGCGUGGCUGUAUGUUAAUUGAAUUGGCAUUGCGAGGGCGUCUUCAGCUAGAGGCUUGUGGGAUGAGGCGCAAAAGUCUAUUAACGAGAAAGGUGAUUUGUAAGUCAGAUGCUCCUACAGGGGAUGUUCUACUUGAUGAAGCUCUGAAACACAUAAAAGAGACCCAGCCUCCUGAAACAGUACAAAAUUGGAUUGAACUGCUUAGUGGUGAAACGUGGAACCCGUUGAAGUUGCACUACCAGUUACGGAAUGUCCGCGAACGGUUAGCUAAAAAUCUAGUGGAAAAAGGUGUACUGACAACAGAGAAACAGAACUUCCUUCUUUUUGACAUGACUACGCACCCUCUCACCAACAACAAUAUCAAACAGCGCCUCAUCAAGAAGGUUCAAGAAGCAGUUCUUGACAAAUGGGUGAAUGACCCUCACCGCAUGGACAAGCGCUUGCUAGCACUUGUUUAUUUAGCCCAUGCUUCAGAUGUUCUGGAGAACGCUUUUGCCCCCCUUUUGGAUGAGCAGUAUGAUUUAGCCACAAAGAGAGUGCGACAGCUUCUGGAUUUAGACCCUGAGGUUGAAUGUAUGAAAGCCAACACGAAUGAGGUUCUGUGGGCUGUUGUAGCAGCUUUCACAAAAUAACUGCAAUCAGACUGAAGUGUUCUCUCUUCUUUCAUGUAAACCAGUUGUUUCUCUUCUAUUGACUAUUCAUGUUUUCUGUAAUUUGUACCUUCUCACAUGAUGAAUCAGCUCUUAUUUCAUGGGAAUUAAGUGGUGUAUUCCCUCCUUCUCUGUGUAUCUGUAUACAGGAUUCUGCUGGUACAAGAGACCUUCCUGUUUAAAAGCAACAGAAAAAGGUUUUACUGCCAUAUUGGCAUUUCAUUUCUAUUAAAUUUAUCUGAAAUACUUGGUUUAAUCUGUUUUUCAUCUUUUUGUUAUUGCAGUGGUUUAACUUGGGAAGCACCUCAAGGAGGAAAUGUGCAUGCAGUUGGAUCACUAGUCUUAGCUGACACAGAGGUGUGCAUGCAUCAAUAGUUCUACAGUACAAUUCAUAACAGAUCAGAAAAGGGCCUUUUUAAAAUCACCAAAGCUCCAUAUUGAAGUAUCUGUCAGGACACUUUAUACACAGACAUUGUUUCAAUUAUACUUAACAAAAUUACUUUAAAAGCAGAAAUGCCAUUAAGCAGCUUUGUCAAUAGUUCUUGUUAAAUGCUCCGUGAAUUUCACUUUACAUGUAAAUCUCCCAUGUACUUACACUUUCAUUAGAACUGUAACUGAGUCAUAAGGCUAGUGUAGAAAGGUCCAAUUGUUUCAUAAAACAGUUUUGGGAUGGGAUACAUUCCAUUAUAUUGUAUAUAUAGUUCAAAAUGUAUAUUAACAAUCUCCCCCAUCUUAGUAUUUUGCAAGAUUUACUUAGUUGUACACCUGGUGCCCCCUUACUUGCUGUCAGUCAUCGCCAUUUGGUGGAAAGAAAGGCCUCUUACAAAGAGCAUGUAUGUGAAAGCUGUUUGUUUCCAGUGUCUGCAGAGUUUGCCAUCCAGGUAUUCUCAGUCUAUGCAUUGCCUUUGAUAAUUAGUGUAUGGAAAGAGACCACUUUCUAUCAUUGUUUGUAAUUUUUUUUUUCUGCUGUAUGGAAGAGGCUUGUGACCAGUACAGUUCUUGAGUGCAGUUUUUAAUUUUGUUUGUACACAAGUUAAUGUUUGUCUCUUAAAUGUCAUAAUCUGUUUUACACUUUAAAAACAAAAAGUCAGUCGUAGCCAGUGUUGCAUGUAAAUGGUUAGCAAGUAAUGACUGCAGUUCAGAUGAUUAAGAUUUCUGUAAUGGGACGCUCUACUAUAUUUUAAUUUUUUAUAUACAAUUAUGCUGAUUAGCACACUUGUAAAAAAAUAUAUAUAAAAAACUUUGGCUUUUUAAAAUUUAUUGCCUCUUUACCACUGCUUGUUAUUAUCUCCCGUUUGUUUCACAGUGUAAAUAUUAUGCAUUGAACAAAUUAAGCAUUGAUUUAUCUAUUUUUUUCCUCAUAACAGCGCAGAUUUAUAGCGGGGCUUACAGGUGUUUAGAAACUUUUUUUGGUUACUAUUCAAAGCAAGAAUACUAGAUGGUGUAUAACUGUAGAGUUGAAAUUUAAGGGAUCCCCUAAUCUGUAUACUAGCUUUUUACCUACAGUAAAUAAACUAUGAUCUUGAAAGUGCCUGAAACAGAGCAAGCAUGUCAUUUUUAUUUUGUGUUGCUAAUUAGAAAGGUUUUAUUGCUUAACUGAAAGCUUUAGUUAAUAUCCUUCUUAUUAGAAAGGGAGAGUUUAUAUUAAGUAGAUCAAACUGACCUAAUCAGUGGUGUCACUCAGAUCUGCAGGAUUCAUGACUGAGACAGACCGAGUUAGCUAAAGAGUAUGUGGCUGUGCCUGCCAUGGGCAGACCUCUUUCAUCCUGAGCACAGCUCUACAGCCUCAUCUGUGACUGGACUUCCAAUUUUGCACUUCAUUUUAAAACAUUUAGAUGCCUAAGUAGUUGACUUUAAAAUACAACUUAAAUUCAUCAAACCUCUAUAACCUUUUUUUAAUAAAGGUUUUUAAAAUAUGGUCCUUAACAUUUAAUGCUACGCUAUUCUUUCAGUUCUUAAAUGCUGUUUCUUUAGAAAAAUGACAUUAAAGUUGUAUUGCAAAGUAUUUCAAACUCUGGUUUACAAAUAAAAAGUUAAACAGUGUUUUCUCAGUUGUAAGAUGCUGUGUUUAAAACUUUGAGGAGCUUGGGCAUGAACUUUGGACAUUUCUUCUAAACUUUUUCAAAAUGUGAUUGCUUUAAGUGUGGGGGGGAAAUGAAAGCUGCUGUGUUGCUCUUAUAUUUGACAGCCUGCCGAAUACUUUUUGUACUUGAUAGCAUAUGUUAACUGGUUGCUUUUAUUGUCUCUCUCCUGUGUUGUGUAUUUUUUCCUUUUUUGUAGCUCUUUGAGAGGAGAGAAGCGUAAUUAAUUGGGAAAGUUAGAAAAGAGUAGGAUAUUCAGGAGCAAUUUGAGAGCAUAAAUGUUAAAAACUUGAAACAUGCUUCAGAUUGACAGUAUCUUUUCACAGUCCCUUUUCUGUCCCCUCAUCUUCAUUUCGUGAGUCUUUUUCAUGCUCGUGCUGGUUUCAUGUUAGGUUGUGGGGAAUAGUGGGGUUUUGUCCCCUUUAUAGCUAAUGCGGUAAGAAAAUCACCCAUCUUUUUAUCCCCUCCAGUAAGAGUUUUAAAAUUAUUUAAUGUACAAGACAGAGGCCUGCAGUAUUCAUUAUCACCUCAAUUUUGCUUAAAGGUAGAACCUCUGUCUGCAAUAGGGAGCGUUUGCAUUAAGUGGAUCCCUAAACCUCUCAGAUGGGUUCGGCACAAGCCACAACGGUUUGUGAAGGGAGACAGUAUCUUCUGUUGGCUGCCUGAUACGAACCAGAGGCAGGGGGACAGGUAGCUUUGGGGAUCUCAAGUCUAGGAUUGUGCUAUUAAAAAAAAAAAGAAAAGAAAAACUCGCAAAUGUUACUGGACCAUAAGUCUUAAAAUGAAGGUAAAUUUGCUACACUCUAAGGGAUGAUUAAGCAAACAUCAUAACAGAGGAAAUGUAAAAAGGUUUAACAUAGGAGACUGCUUUGUUCUGCUGAGAUUACAGUACCCUUCUUCCCAUUACCUACCACUGCAGCUCACAGAAGCCUGGUUUUGAGGCAGUUCUGGAUGCUCCUGAGUCUUCAGCCAGCCCUCACUGGCUGCUUAGAGUGAAGGUUGCUCUCCAUACCCUGAACUCAAACCAGUAUCUCAAGGAAAAAUAGACACUAUUUAGGGGCUCUGUUUUUUUAAGACAAAAUUUCCACUAAUGUAAAAAAUGAGAUUUAAAAGAUAAAUCCAGAAGCCAGUAUACUACUUUCUUUUUCUGUUUUUUUUUCUUUUGCAAAUUUUAUAGUCCUUGAGAUUUACAUCUUCCUCUCUUGUGUUUGUAGAGAUGACAUUACAGUGCUCCUCUCUGAGAUGUUAGUGAAAACUCUGCCAUACAUGAUGCUUUUGAGAUCUGCAUAUGCUUCCAGGUGAACAUGGCAUAAAUUGGCUAUAAAGGACUGGUAAUUGAGUGCUCAUGUGUUCAUGCCCAUUUCUCCUACAAAGUGAAGAUAUGUAUUAACUAAUGUGUUCUCUGUGAACUGGACUGAAUCUGUAAUGAAACAAAAUAAAGCACCCUUUCACGUUACAA